CUUUUCAUUCACCAAACUCAAUAUAUUUUGAAGAUUAAGAAUGAUUGCUCUUGUGGUUGUUCUGGUUGCUACCUUUGUUGAGGUUGGUGGACAUAAUGUAUGCCUUGAAAAACAAGAAAAAAAUAAUUUGAAUCAAUUGAGAAACCAGUUAAAAGGUUUUAAAAAAACAAUCAGUGACUUGGAAAAGGGUCUUAAAGGAAAACAUGUUUCGGGAAAUGACGGUUGUAGGAAAGACUGGGACCGUUUUAGAGAUCAUUGUUACUUCGUUAGCAAACACAAGAAAAGUUGGUUUGAAGCUGAGCGGUAUUGCCGAUCAGAAGGUUCAUCUCUCGUCAACAUUAAGGAUGACACUGAAAACAACUGGGUAAUGUCGAAAUUAAAAGAAGCAAAAAUAAACAAUGCUUGGUUAGGAGCAACUGACUGUGAUUCAGACAAGUGGAUAUGGGUGUCUGACUUUGCACCUGUUAAAUUUUUUAAAUGGUAUAGUAAUGAACCAAAUGGUGGAACUGGUGAAAAUUGUUUAGAGAUGUACGCAAAUCAUGGAGGGCCAUGGAACGAUAAACCUUGCAAGUACACAAUUGACUUCGUAUGCAAAAAACAUGUUAUAAAUGGCUGCCCACUAAAAAAGGAAAAACAGUGAACGAAAUAAAAUGUGCCAAACGUACAA